UUCCUUUCGGGCUCUCACGGCAACGCGUCAGGCGUGGUCGGUGCAGUACAUCCGAGUCGGGUGCGGUGGUUGCAUUGCGCGAGGUAAUUGCACGUAACGAUUCAUACCUUUUUCUGUGUGUUAUUUUGUGCGGUGCGCGAUCUUGUGUGACAUUUCGCCGUACGUUUAAUUAAUAAAAUUUACACGCGUUCUGUGGGUUACGGUUUUGUGUGUGCUGUCACAUUCGCGCACGGAAAGAAGGAUACGCGCGAUGAACGGUCAAGUGAGAGUGAAAACACGGCCACGCUCGGCCGGUUCGCCGCCGCCGACAGCGUGAAUCAUCGGCAACACCGGCUCCACCGUCGCCGCUGCUCUCGAAACCCACGCAGUGCGACGCGCACUGUUUCGGCGGUCUUCCUUUUUUUCUCACAGUCGCUUCUUUUUGGAUGUCUUUCUCUCUCUCGCGCACGCCACGCGUCUUACCACCGUCGUCGUCAUUUUUUCGACAACAACGUUCUCUCGCGCGCGCACGUACCGGGGAUACUUCCGUACCCGCGCGCAACGCUUGAGUAUACCUUGCUUAUUGUUAGCGAUAUAUAUAACCGACUGUGUUUGUAGCGUGCAAAGGUUCUAUGAAAAAAAAAGUAUACAUUGUGUUCAAAUAAGUAUACAAGCGUAAGAGAGAGAUACAUCUAGUCUACGGAACGAAUCCCCGGGUACAUUUUUUCCAUUAACGGACGAUGGAAUUUGGAUAAAUGUGUUUCACAUAAAUAAAAAAAGAAAACUCUCAUAGACAUUCCGGGGACUCACUUAAAUAUACAAUCGCGAGAGAGGACUGUUAUCUCUGUGACCUUUUGGUUCGAAGAUUAAUUAAACUUCUUUGUGGUGAUUUUCCGACGAAAAGUCGGCGAACGAGAGACAAGAGAAUCGCGUUAAACCUCGUUUUUCUCGAAGAGCGAAAAAAAUAACAAACUUCGGUCACAUGUCGACGACGGAGAACCAGAACGGCAUCGCCGCGGCGAGCGCGCAGAGCAACGGCAUCAAGACGUCGUCGUCGUCGUCGUCGGCGUCGUCCACCGCGUCGUCGGGCGUUUCGCCGUCUGGCGCGCGUCCUGUUACCGGCAACAACAGUAACUCGUCCUUCCUCUACAGCAGCAGCACGAUGUUAAAUCGCGAAAAGGUGCGGCAGGUGCCGCCGCCAACCUUGCCCAAGUACACGUCGAGUUUUAACGCGGGGUCGAACGGCGGCGGCGGCGGCGGCGGCACCGCCGAGCGGCUCACAAGGGAAACCGGCGGCAGCUACAGGCUCGCCAGCCUGGACAGACUCGCUCUGCGUCAGAGAAUACUGGAUGGAGAAAAGGCGAAUGGCGAGCCCAUCUCGAUCCAGGCGAAGCGCGAAUUGUUCUUCAAGGGCGACGGCGCGGGAAUAAUCUCUUCCUCACCCUCGGUGCCGUCGGUGCCGCCGCCGCAGCCGCCAACGCAGCCACCCGGUUCUCAAGUGAACAACUCGUCGUCGGCAACGGUGAACACCACACAAGCCAGUAAUAUCACAUCGCCGAACGCGGCGCCGGCAUAUUCGAGCGGCGGCGUCUCGACGAUACCCAACGCGAAACCGCGAUUACCGCCCGCAGUGGCGACGCCGAUCCCGAAUGACGCCUCGGAGGACAGCAACAGGCGCGAGACCGCGCGAACCGCCGUUUCUUCUAUCAAGGAAGACAGCAACAAGGAGGCCGCUCUGCUGCAUCAUGCGCGACCUACGCCACCAACGAAACCCAAGGAACUCGACGGCUACGUCGGUUUCGCGAAUCUCCCGAACCAGGUGUACAGAAAAGCCGUGAAGAAGGGCUUCGAGUUCACGCUCAUGGUUGUAGGAGAGUCAGGACUUGGUAAGUCCACCUUAAUCAAUUCCAUGUUUUUGGCGGACAUAUAUAGCGCUGAAUAUCCCGGACCUAGCCAUAGGAUAAAGAAAACGGUCGCCGUGGAAACUAGCAAGGUGUUGCUGAAAGAAAACGGUGUUAAUCUCACCCUUACGGUCGUCGAUACCCCCGGUUUCGGCGACGCCGUCGACAACAGCAACUGUUGGGUGCCGGUGAUCGACUAUAUCGAAUCGAAAUAUGAAGAAUUCCUCAAUGCGGAAUCUCGCGUAACAAGACGGCAAAUUGCGGACAGUCGAGUGCAUUGCUGUCUCUACUUUAUUGCGCCCUCCGGCCAUGGAUUGAAGCCGCUCGAUGUGGAGUUUAUGCAGCGUCUUCAUGACAAAGUCAAUAUAGUACCCGUCAUCGCUAAGGCAGACACUAUGACGCCGGACGAGUGCGCGUACUUCAAAAAACAGAUCUUGAACGAGAUCGCGCAACAUAAAAUAAAGAUUUACGAGUUUCCGGAGGUCGAAGAUGAGGAGGACAAUAAACUCCACAAGUUACUAAGGGACAGAGUGCCAUUUGCAGUUGUUGGAGCGAACACUAUAGUCGAGUACGAAGGCAAGAAAGUUCGCGGCAGGAAGUAUCCAUGGGGAAUAGCGGAAGUCGAAAAACUGGAGCACUGCGACUUCAUAGCGCUCCGAAACAUGGUGGUGAGGACUCACGUGCAAGACCUGAAAGAUGUGACGAACAACGUGCACUAUGAGAAUUUCCGAUGUCGUACCUUAGCCGGUCUGGGUGUGGACGGCAAGCCGACGAAAGCCUCGAAUAAGAAUCCAUUGGCGCAGUUGGAAGAAGAAAAGCGCGAACAUGAUAACAAAAUGAAGAAAAUGGAAACGGAAAUGGAGCAAGUCUUCGAAAUGAAAGUUCGCGAGAAGAGACAGAAACUGAAAGAUUCUGAAGCGGAUUUACAGAGGAGGCACGAACAGAUGCGACGGUCUUUAGAGCAGCAGGUGCGUGAGCUGGAGGAAAAGAGACGGGCGUUCGAAGCGGAGAAGACCGCUUGGGAGCAACAAACUGGCCACAGUAUUGAAGAAUUGCGUAGGCGUAGUUUAGAAGCCAAUUCAAAAGAGACGGGAUCGAUGUCCUCCGAGGGAUCUGGAGGCGGCGGGGGUACGUUAAGAGGGUCCCGAGGGAUAGGCAGCCUCCUUCGCCGUCAUACCAGUUUCAAAUCACCUCAAGACAGCCCCGCACAGAUACAACUUGUCAUACAACAUCCUGAGCACUCCUAAUAUAAACGAUUCCGUCUCCCAGAACCAACCGCGUUUUGCGCGCUUGAUUCGUUCCGAGCAUCUUCGUGCGGACCUCUUCCACGCACACACUCCACCCUUAUCCGGCUACGAUAUAAUCUUUUUUCUGAUGCGAUACAGAAAGAAAACAGGUUUUUUAGCAAUAUGAUGAGUCACAUACAAUGAAAAUUGGCAAAAAAUGAAAAUCAAAAUAUUUUGUAUCAGUCUUAGAAGCACAAUCAAAAUAGUAGAAAUAAAUAAUGCGAUUUCUUGUUUAAAAACAAUAUGUAGAAAUAUGUAAUUGCUCGAAUAAGGGUUGAGGAGAAUCGUUUUAUUAACGAGGGAUGUAAGUACUGGCUAUCUGAACAAUAAUCGUAUUCUUAUUUCGGUAAUAAAUCUAAUGAUAAAAUUGACGUUCGCCUUGUCAAUAGUAACUAUAUGAAAAUCAAAUUCACGCAGUUUUGAUUGGAUAUUUCUUUUUCAAAUUCUCUGCCGUUACGGCGACAUCCUUUUAAAAUCUGUUGAAAGAUUUUAGUUUGUAGAUUUAGUUUUGGAUUUAAUACAUAAUUAUAUUUAAAAAAAAAAAGUAACUUUAAGUUACCUUUUUUUGCGAAAUCUGGAUUUGAAAUACUCAUUGUCGUGGCAGGCAGCAUUUACUUCACCUCGACAUAUGUGCGUGCACUCGUUAGAUUCGAUACAUAUCGUAAUCCAAAGCAAAAAUGUACAUUUUUAACAAAAAUGUUCGUAAGCCAUUACGUGAAGACAUGUGCGACACAUACGUAAGACGUUCACUAAAUGUAAAACGCGUUUUUAAAGUGGAUUUCUUUGCUGUUUCGUAUUCGACCUUCUCGUGUUUAUUUCACGCUUUUUGCGCUUUCUCAUAUUUUUAUAGUAUAAAAAUAUGAAUAAAAAAAUUGAGAAAAAAUAGAGAACGUUGCGGAAAAUGUAGAAAUCGAUGGUAUGCUUUUUUCUUUGUCACACGGUUGAUGUUUUAUUCAAUUUUUAUAUCGGCUAUUUAAUCAGUGUUGUAUUUACAGAAUCAGUUUUUAGUACGUUCAUCCGAAUUCAAGAUUGGAAUAUCUUUAUUUGUCGCGAAAGUGACAUCACUCGGUGACAUUUAUAUCUGUUUAUUUAACAAGUUGUUUGAGAGAAAAGAUUGAAACAGAAUCGUCGCGAGAAAGAAAUUUUUUGACGUGAACGAUACAAAAAUUCCAAGACUCUAAAUACUUGUUAUGAUAAAUUCUAUCUGUGAAAUUGCGUCACGCGAUACGAGUUCGGUUUUUACGUUUUCCGGGACUCUCUCCGUCUCAACAACAAUUGCGUAAUUCGCUCGUUGUGACGUUGGACGUCUCGCGUUACACGGUAAAAUUAUGUAUACAUCGUACACGAACGGUUAUAAAUCGUUACUCAUUUUUUUCUCUUUUUAUAAACACAAGUGUCACAUAUUUCUUUUCGUGUUACAUGGUUUUUACCGUAUGUUUUCAUUACACUCGAACUCGUAACGUCUUAGUUUACAUUGCGAUAACUUACAGUCAGACAUUUUAAGAAUAGUGAACGACACACCAAACACAUAUAGUAGUACAAUGUAUACGACGUAUUUUUGGCACAAACUUUGAUAAACCUUUAAAAACCACGUACAUGUGUAACAGAAAAAAACAAAAAAAAGAUGCGAAGUUCAUUCGCUCGAUCUCGUGUAAUUUUUCGUGUCUGUUUUGUACAACACUUGUGUUACCGAACAUACACGUGUUGUUGAACAUGCACUCUUUGAUCCUUUACCGCAUUGUGUAAGUCAUAAUCAGCCCUGCUUUUUCCACUGAUAAAAUACUGCAGUCCAACUCUCAUAGGUACUAAAAUCACAUGUGUUCAUCUUCGAUCAUGUAUUUAUAUGUAUUUUUGUACACAUCGAAAACGCUGCAAAUGUUUGAAUGUUAUUCUCGAGCAUUGAUGUUAGCAUAAAGUUGUAGCUUAUCGUUAUCUGUUGGACAAAGUUGUGCGCAUUUUGAUACGUUGUCUCUUUUUGUUUUUUGUUUUUUUUUUUUUUUUUGUUU